CCCUUUUCUCGGGGAAACAUAAAUCACAACUGGCGGGGAUACCAUGCCUGCCUGACGGCGUCAUCAUGGCGGCGCCGAUAUUAAUUGAGCGGUGAGAACGAGGCCGGAUCGCGUGUGUCACUGUCAAUCACCGCCAUCGCGAUCCUAGUCGCGGGCGUGUCGCGGUGUUAAUGGCGUGGUGUGUUUGGCAACGGCGUUGUGUGGUGGCGGCGACGGAAUGGGGAUAACUGGCCGGACGACCACGUACCUGACUUUGUUUCUCUCUCUUUUUUCUCUUCUUCUUGUUUUACGCACGGGGCCGUCCUUACGACGAUGGAGACGCGUAAAGUGGUUUUUUUUUUUUACCCUCUCCCCUUGCAAACAGGAUUUGACGCGCGACGACGUCGCCGGGGGAUUUCUUACUGGACGGCACGCGUUUUCGCGUUUAGUGGUCGGGGGAGGUAUCAAGGGGCCAAUCGGACGGCGCGGAGGUAUGCGGGUUGGGUAGCAUUACGGAGGCAACGCUGCUACUAUGGUACCUAUGUACCCAAAGUACUACCUACCUCUAUUAAGAGGUGCCCAUGAGUACAGGUACUGCUACAAGUCUAUGGUGGGUACUCAUAUAUAGAGGUGGCUGUUACUUGAGGCAGGUUGCUGGUUACGGACCCGAAGUUACCUACGGAUAUGUACAUAUGCACCCGCAAACUCCAACUCUAGCCCGACUAUGCACCUAACCUGCCACCUAUUAGGUCAGC